UCAAUGUCAGGGUCGUCAAUAUACCAUGAAGUUCAUGAUUCUGCAAUUCAUAUAAUAGUUCGAUGGUAGUAGCGAGGGAAUAGUCAUCUGGACGUCUUCGACUCUGGGAACGUUGCUCUCUUCAAACACAAGAAUUACUGAGACAUGUAAGGUAAAGAUUUGGAGCGAUUAAAAACAAUAACAUGUGGGAAUGGGGCCACUUCCUCAUUGCUUUCAUCAUAUUCGAGAGCUCAACAAGCGAUGUCACAGUAUACACCCGAUUGACUUUAACCCAUGAAGACCUUCAAGUGAACAAUGAUGAAGUCGCUGCCGCCUUCCAACAGAUAAUGCAAUCUUGGAUGGAUGACCGUGUCUGGGGCUCUACACAAAUAACUGUGUCCAUCUAUGACAUUAUGACGAGUUCGUAUAGUACAGAAAUUGUGUAUAAUGUCACUUUGGAACAGUUGAGCCUGUAUGACAGUGAGAUAAUGGACGAUUACUUGAAAGAUUUUAGUUACAACCAGAUUGUUUCUCAACCAAGAGUGCUGUCAGUCAAUGGCACUUACUAUGAAAUCUUAACUUUCAAAGUCUAUGAGACGUCAGAAGAAGCAGCACUUGGCAUAAAUCCAAAAAUCUAUAAAAUGUGUUAUAACGGACUGUGUCCAGAUGACAGAACUUGUCUUAAUUCAGAAUUCGCACCUGUUUGUCAAGACAUAUGUGACUUUGGUUCGUAUGCUGAACAAGAGCAAUGUGUCGCCUGCGAUGAAGGGCAGACAACUUUGGUGAAAAGAGCUAAUUCCCGCUAUUACUGUGUUGAAAACUGCGAACCUGGUUACCGUUUGACUUUUGAUAAACUGACCUGUGAGCCUUGUCCACAAGACAUGUACUGGAGUGAUGCAGAUAAAACAUGUCAUGUCUGUCCAUACACUUCAUACAACUCAACUUCCUGCUCCUUUGGAGAAAUGAGGAGUAUUUACAAUCCACUUAUCAACGUUGAACUGAACAUUACACUGUGGACUCCAAAAUGUAUGAGAAACGACACUGACUAUUUCAACAACAUUGAAGAAAAAGAAUUAAUUCGAAUUUUAGUUUUUGGCAGUUACCCUUAUACAAAUCUCCUUUGCUUAACACUUAAUGACUGUGGGAACGUGAUCACUGAAUACAUUGAUGACCAAGUCUGUGUGCCAGAUUUGUCUUGUACUGUUAACGAAACUUGUAAAUUGUUUAGAACAAGUAUUCACCUGGGUGUUUAUCACAUAAGGACCUUUAUAUCAUCACAAAGUGGUACAAAUGGCCAUGAUCAAAGCUCUGUGGACAUACUAUUGAGUGCUCUCUAUGAUACUAAUCCAUUGUAUGGUUGGAUUCCAUUCAUGAAUUAUCCAGCUAUUCGAGUGGAACUGCCAUUUCAAGUUGAUGUUACUACAAUAGAUAAUGUUACCAGACAAAUGUUCUACAUAACACAACAAUCACGGUAUUACAACAGCCCAUAUUUGACAAUUGAGAUUUUGAAGGCUAUCUUCAAUAGUACUCCAGAAUUUGUUACUGUAUCUUUGCUGAAUAAUUUUUACAUAUACUAUGACACCUAUGUAUCUGAAUAUGAGAUUUGGUUCAGAAAAGAUAUAGAGGAUACAAUGUGGAAAAACAUUGCGGAAAAAAUAAUCUUGGCUAAUGAGAAAGUUGGAGGCAAUCUGAUGGGAAAUUUUCAGCUGUACAAGACCUUGCAAGACAAAGCUAAUGGAAGAUCAGCAAUAAACUGGAUGGAAGUAAUCAAUAGUCUUUCUCUUGGUCAAUACUUUUGUGCUGGAGGAAAUUUCAUCAUCUCUGACAGGGGCAAUAUGAACUUUGAUUGUGUGUAUGCAUGUGGAAAUUGGAACUGGGGAGAGAACUGUGAUAUGUCCUGCAACUGUACACAAAGCAAUUCUCUUGUUUGUGAAAAGUAUCAGGGGUCAUGUUUUUGUCAGUUCAAUUUUGAAGGUUCUUUGUGUGAGAAAGAAAAAGAUUUAUGUGCAAUAUACACUCCUUGUGGGGAACACUCUGACUGUAUCAGUACUAAGGACCACUAUGAAUGCCAAUGUCACCAAGGUUACAGAAACAGUCCUUAUAACUCUUUAAUAUGUGAAGCCUGCAGUGGCUGGACCUAUGGCUUUAACUGUAACACUUCUUGUAGUUGUCUUAUUGACAAUACACAAAGCUGUGACAUUGUGACUGGCAACUGUACAUGUAAACCUGGAUUUGAGUCCAUAAAUUGUGAACUGGAUGUGAAUGAAUGCAAUCAGUCUAGCAAUCCUUGUGCUGGAAACUUACAAUGUUAUAAUACAGAUGGAAGUUUUCUUUGUACUGAACAGUUGGUCUAUGUUAGAGUUACUUUGAACCAAUCGGAUUUGGGGGCAUAUGAAAAAGACAUUGUUGACAACUUUCAGGACACAUUGAAAUCAUAUAUGAAUUGGUUGAUUUACUGGACAUAUACACAAAUUAUACAUAAAAACACUGAACAUGGUGUAUCAACAGCUGAUAUUUUCUAUGAUAUCGCAAUAGUGUAUGAUAAAAACUUCCCUGACUACUUCAUAAGCAACUUCAUUUAUUACUAUUUUGUGACUGGAACAAGAAAGAUAUCAAUAAAUGGCACUGAUUUUGAAAUAAUAACUUUCAAAUUUUUUAGUAGUCCUGAGGAAGCAAGACUUGGAAUAAAUCCAAAAAUUAUCAAAGUCUGCCAACAUAUUUAUGGAAUUUGUCCAUCUGACAGAAGAUGUUUAAAUUCUGAAUUUCUACCUGUUUGUCAAGAAAUAUGUGACUAUGGCAUGUAUACUGAGAAUGAACAUUGUGAGGCCUGUGAUCAAGGACAGACAACUCUUAUUAGGGGAGCAAACUCACACCAUCUUUGUAUAGAUGACUGUAAGGAAUACCAAGGAUAUCAAUUUCAAUUGGAUAAAUUGUCCUGUGAACCUUGUCCACAUGAUAUGUAUUGGAGUGAUGCAGAUAAUACUUGUCAUGUUUGUCCAUACACUUCAUACAAUUCAUCCUAUUGUUUUGGGGGACAAAUGAGAUCUGUCAACAACCCUCUAAUAAAUAUUGAACUAAAUGUCACCAUUGUAACACCAAAAUGUAUGAGAGAUAAUCCUCAAUAUUUUAAUAAUAUAGAUGAAAAAGAAUUAGUAAGAUUGAUGAUUGCAAAGAAUUGGUAUUACGACUCAGUGGUUUGUUCUCAAUAUGUAAACUGUGGCAAUGCGAUUACAAGUUAUGUUGAUAAUCAAAUCUGUGUGCCAGAUAUUUCUUGUACUUGGAAUGAAACCUGUACACAGUACUACACUAGGAUUCAUAUUGGUGCCUACCACAUUAGAACCUACAUACAAUCUUCAAGUCCAUACCUCAAUGGCCAUGAUCAAAGUUCAGCAGAUUUCUUAAUGAGGACUCUCUAUUAUAAUACAGAACUUUAUCUAAGGAUUCCUUUAAUGAGCUCUUCAGCCAUUAGAAUUGAACUACCUCUAGCAAUGGAUGUUCAAGUCAUAGAUGAUGUCACCAAACAAACAUUGUACAUUAGACAAUUCUGUCCAUGGUAUAAUGCCGAUCCCCAGAGAAUUCAGGAGGUUUUAAACAGUAUUUUCCAAAAAUGGCCUGCAUUUAUAAGAGCCUUUCUUAUUAACACUUAUGGAAUUUACACCAACUACUACUAUUAUUACUACACAUAUGUAUCUGAAUAUGAGAUCUGGUUCAGAAAAGAUGUUGAUGAUAAAUUAAUACGAAACAUUGCUGAAACCAUUGUCAUGGCUCAUGAAAAACUUGGAGGAACUCUAACAGGGACAUAUUCUAUAUACAAGACAAUGAAAGACAAAACAGAUGGAAUAAUAGCAAUUGACUGGAUAGAAGUAAUCAACAGACUUUCACUUGGCCAAUACUUUUGCAAUGGAGGAAAUUUCAUCAUCAAUAUCACAGGCAACUUUAAUUUUGAUUGUGUUGAAGCAUGUGGAAAUUUGACCUGGGGAGACAACUGCACUGAGACAUGCAACUGUACACCAAACAAUACUGUUGCUUGUGAAAAGUUGAAUGGGUCAUGCAUUUGUCAGUCUGAUUUUGAAGGAUCUUCAUGUGAACAACAAAUAGAUAUAUGCUUAAAAUAUUCUCCUUGUGGAGAACAUGCUGACUGCAUUAAUACCUUGAAAUACUAUGAAUGCCAAUGUCAUGAAGGUUACAGAAACAAUAUUUAUAACUCCUUGAUAUGUGAAGCCUGCAGUGGUUGGACUUAUGGCUUCAACUGUAACACUUCUUGUAGUUGUCUUAUUGACAACACACAAAGUUGUGACAUUGUAUCUGGCAACUGUACAUGUAAACCUGGAUUUCAGUCAAUAAAUUGUGAGCUGGAUGUGAAUGAAUGCAAUCAAUCUAGCAGUCCUUGUGCUGGAAACCUACAAUGUUAUAAUACAUAUGGAAGUUUUCUUUGUACAGAAGAACUAGUCUAUGCAAGAGUUACUUUGAACCAAUCAGAUUUUGGAAUGUAUAAAAAUGAGACUGUUAACAGCUUCCAACAAACUUUGCAAACAUUUUUUGAUACCUAUGCUUAUUGGACUUACUUUAAAUUUGUUGUAGUACACAACACCUUUGAACAAGGUGUGUCAACAUCUGAUAUCUUUUAUGAUAUUGUGGUGGUGAAUGGCAAACAAGUCUUUGAUAAUUACAUGUCUGUCUUCAUUCAUAACAAUUUUAUCUCUGGAACAAGAAAGAUAUUGAUAAAUGGAGCUGAGAUCGAAGUAUUAAGAAUUAUAUUGUUUGAUAGUCCAGAGGAAGCUAGACUUGGAAUUAAUCCAAAAAUUAACAAAGUCUGCCAAUAUUAUGGAAUAUGUCCAUAUUACAGAAGAUGUUUAAAUUCAGAAUUUCUACCCAUUUGUCAAGAAAUAUGUGACAUUGGGAUGUAUGCUGAAAAUGAGCACUGUGAGACUUGUGAUCAAGGCCAGACUACUCUUAUCAGGGGCGCUAAUUCACACCAUCUAUGUAUAGAUAACUGUACUGAUGCCCGAGGCUAUCAAUUUCAAUGGGAUAGACAGACCUGUGAGCCUUGCUCAAGUGAUAUGUACUGGAGUGAAGCAGAUAAAAUGUGCCAUGUCUGUCCUUACACCUCAUACAACUUAUUUGAUUGUUAUUGGGGAAAUAUGAGAACUGUCAACAAUCCACUGCUAAAUAUUGAACUAAAUAUCACCAUUGUAACACCAAAAUGUCUGAGAGAUCAUCCUCUGUAUUUCAAUAACAUAGAUGAAAAAGAAUUAGUUAGAUUGAUGAUUUCACAGAACUGGUACUCCCGAUUCUGUUACCAAUACUCAAACUGUGGCAAUGUGAUUACUAGCUAUAUCGGAAACGAAAUUUGUAUACCAGAUGCUUCCUGUACUUUGAAUGAAACAUGUACACAAUACUACACUAGGAUUCAUAUUGGUGUCUACCACAUUAGAACUUAUAUAGCAUCGUCCAGUCUAUACAAUGGCCAUGAUCAAAGUUCAGUGGAUUCACUAAUGAGGACUCUCUAUGAUACUACCAAAUUUUAUCAAUGGAUUCCAUUCAUGACCUACUCAGCCAUUAGAAUGGACAAGCUACUAGACAUGAAUGUUAAGGUCAUAGAUGACGUCACUAAGGAGAUAUUGUACAUUAAUCAAUUGUCUCAAUGGUAUAACUUUAAUCCCUCUAGGACUCAGGAGGUUUUCAACAGUAUCUUCAAAAAAAUACCUGGAUUUAUUCAAGCCUUCCUUUACAAUACUUAUGGGUAUUACAGCUAUUACAGUCCGUAUGCCUAUUACUACACAUAUGUAUCUGAAUAUGAGAUCUGGUUCAGUAAAGAUGUUGAUGAUGAACUGAUAAGAAACAUUGCUGAAACCAUUGUCAAGGCUCAUGAAAAACUUGGAGGAAAUCUAACAGGGACAUAUUCUAUCUACAAGACACUGCAAGACAAAGCAGAUGGAACAUUAGCAAUAAACUGGAUAGAAGUAAUCAACAGACUUUCACUUGGCCAAUACUUUUGCAAUGGAGGAAAUUUCAUCAUCAAUAUCACAGGCAACUUGAAUUUUGAUUGUAUUGAAGCAUGUGGAAAUUUGACCUGGGGAGACAACUGCACAGAAACAUGCAACUGUACACUAAGCAAUACUGAUGUCUGUGAAAAGUUUAAUGGGUCAUGCAUUUGUCAGUCCAAAUUUGAAGGCUCUCUAUGUGAGAUAGAAAAAGAUUUAUGUGAAAUAUACACUCCUUGCAGGGAACACUCUGACUGUAUCAGUACUAAGGACCACUAUGAAUGCCAAUGUCAUCAAGGUUACAGAAACAGUCCUUAUAACUCUUUGAUAUGUGAAGCCUGCAGUGGCUGGACCUAUGGCUUUAACUGUAACACUUCUUGUAGUUGUCUUAUUGACAAUACACAAAGUUGUGACAUUGUGACUGGCAACUGUACAUGUAAACCUGGAUUUGAGUCCAUAAAUUGUGAACUGGAUGUGAAUGAAUGCAAUCAGUCUAGCAGUCCUUGUGCUGGAAACUUACAAUGUUAUAAUACAUAUGGAGGGUUUCUUUGUACAGAAAAGUUGGUCUACGCACGAGUUACUUUGAACCAAUCAGAUUUUGGAAUGUAUAAAAAUGAGACUGCUAACAGCUUCCAGCAAACUUUGCAAGCAUUUUUGGAUGUGUAUUUAUAUUGGACAUAUUUUAAAGCUUUUGUUGUACACAACACCACUGAACAAGGUUUAAAAACAGCUGACAUAUUUUACGACAUUGCAAUAGUGUAUGGCAAACAAUAUCUUGAUUACUACAUGUCAGUGUUUAUCUAUAAUCAUUUUAUCACUGGCACAAGAAAGAUAUCAUUGAAUGAAACUGAGCUUGAAAUAUUAACUUUCAAAUUGUUUGAUAGUCCUGAGGAAGCUAGGCUUGGAAUUAAUCCAAAAAUCAACCACGUCUGCCAAUAUUUUGGAAUAUGUCAAUCUGAUAAAAGAUGUUUGAAUUCAGAAUUUCUCCCUGUUUGUCAAGAAAUAUGUGAUUAUGGAAUGUAUGCUGAGAAUGAACAUUGUGAGGUUUGUGAUCAAGGUCAGACAACUUUGAUCAGGGGAGCAAACUCACGCUAUCACUGUAUAGGUAACUGUACAGUUACAGAAGGCAACCAAUUUCAAUUGGAUAAGCAGACUUGUGAGCCCUGCCCAAGUGAUAUGUAUUUGAGUGAAGCAGAUAAAAUGUGCCAUGUCUGUCCUUACACUUCAUACAAUUCAUCUGAUUGUAUGUGGGGAGGAGUGAGAACUGUCAACAAUCCACUGCUAAAUAUUGAACUAAAUAUCACCAUUGUAACACCAAAAUGUCUGAGAGAUGAUCCUCAGUACUAUAAUAAUAUAGAUGAAAAAGAAUUACUUCGAUUGAUGAUUUCACAGAAUCAGUACUCCAGAUUCUGUUCUGAAUAUAUCAACUGUGGCAAUGUGAUUACAAGCUAUGUUGAUAAUCAAAUCUGUGUACCAGAUGUUUCAUGUACUUUUAAUGAAACAUGCACACAAUUCUACACAAGAAUUCACAUUGCUGUCUACCAUAUUAGAACCUAUAUAACAUCCACAAGUCCAUACAAUGGCUAUGAUCAGAGCUCAGUGGACUCACUAUUAAGGACUCUCUAUGACACUACCAUACUAUAUCGAUGGAUUCCAUUAAUGAGUUACUCAGCCAUUAGAAUUCAACAACCACAAGAAAUAGAUGUUACAGUCAUAGAUAAUGUCACUAAGCAAAUAUUGUAUGUUAAUCAGAUCUCCCCAUGGUAUAACUAUAAUGCUAAUAAGAUUCAGGAGGCUUUUAACAGUAUCUUCCAGAAAAUGCCUGGCUAUAUUGGAGCCUUUUUUUAUAGGUAUAAUUAUUAUUACUCCUACUACACAUACGCAUAUAUAUCUGAGUAUGAGAUCUGGUUUAAAAAAGAUGUUGAUGAUGAACUGAUAAGAAACAUCGCUGAAACCAUUGUCAAGGCUCAUGAAAAACUGGGAGGAAAUCUAACAGGGGCAUAUUCUAUCUACAAGACAAUGAAAGACAAAACAGAUGGAACUUUAGCCAUAAACUGGAGUGAGCUGAUUAAUAGUCUUUCACUUGCCCCAUUCUUUUGCAAUGGUGGAAAUUUGAUCACCUCUGACAGAGGCAACAUGAAUUUUGACUGUGUUGAAGCAUGUGGAAAUUUGACCUGGGGAGACAACUGCACAGAAACAUGCAACUGUACACAAAACAAUACUGUUACUUGUGAAAAGUUUUAUGGGUCAUGCAUUUGUCAGUCCAACUUUGAAGGAUCUUUAUGUGAUCAACCAAUAGAUCCAUGCUUAAAAUACUUUCCAUGUGGGCAACACUCUGACUGCAUCAACACUCUUGACCACUUUGAAUGCCAAUGUCAUGAAGGUUACAAAAACAAUCCAGAUAACUCUUUGAUAUGUGAAGCCUGCAGUGGCUGGACAUAUGGCUUCAACUGUAACACUCCUUGUAGCUGUCAAAUUGAUCAUACUCAAAGCUGCGACAGUCAUAAUGGCAACUGUACAUGUAAACCUGGAUUUGAGUCCAUAAAUUGUGAACUGGAUGUGAAUGAAUGCAAUCAAUCUAGCAAUCCUUGUGCUGGAAACUUACAAUGUUAUAAUACAUAUGGAAGUUACCUUUGUGCAGAAAUGUUUGUCUACGCAAGAGUUACUUUGAACCAAUCAGAUUUCAGUAUGUAUACAAAUGAGACUGCUUACAGCUUCCAGCAAACUUUGCAAGCAUUUUUUGACAUGUAUGCUUCUUGGAUUUAUAAAGUUGUAGUACACAACACCACUGAACAAGGUGUAUCAACAACUGAUAUCUUCUGUGACAUUGUGAUAGUGUCCGGCAAACAAUCCUUUGAUUACUACAUGUCCUUGUUCAUUUAUUACAAUUUUAUGACUGGCACAAGAAAGAUAUGGAUAAGUGGAGCUGAGCUUGAAGUAUUAACAAUCAAAUUGUUUGAUAGUCCAGGGGAAGCUAGGCUUGGAAUUAAUCCAAAAAUCAACAAACUCUGUCAAUAUUUUAGCGUAUGUCCAUCUGACAGAAGAUGUUUAAAUUCAGAAUUUUUACCUGUUUGUCAAGAAAUAUGUGACUAUGGGAUGUAUGCUGAAAAAGAGAAUUGUGAAGAGUGUGGUCAAGGUCAGACAACUCUUAUCAGGGGAGCCAACUCACACUAUCUCUGUAUAGAUAAUUGUACUGACAUCCGAGGCUAUCAAUAUCAGUUUGAUAAGCUGACUUGUGAGCCCUGCCCAUAUGAUAUGUACUGGAGUGAAGCAGAUAAAAUGUGCCUUGUGUGCCCCUACACGUCCUAUGACUCCUACAACUGUUUUGGGGGAGGAAUGAGAACUGUCAAUAAUCCACUACUUAAUAUUGAACUAAACAUCACCAUUGUAACACCAAAAUGUCUUAGAGAGGAUCCUCUGUAUUUCAAUAACCUAGAGGAAAAACAAUUAGUUUGGUUGAUGAUUUCAAACAAUGGAUACUCCCGAUUCUGUCUGCAGUAUAUAAACUGUGCCAAUGUGAUUACUAGCUAUAUUGGAAAUGAAAUUUGUAUACCAGAUGCUUCUUGUACCUUGAAUGAAACAUGUACACAAUACUACACUAGGAUUCAUAUUGGUGUCUAUCAUGUUGGAACCUAUGUACCAUCCUCAAGUCCAUACAAUCGCUAUGAUCAAAGUUCAGUGGAUUCACUAAUGAGGACUCUCUAUGAUACUACAAAAUUAAAUCAAUGGAUUCCAUUCAUGACCUACUCAGGCAUUAGAGUUGAACAACCAGUACAAAUUGAUGUGAAAGUUAUAGAUGAUGUCACUAAGCAAAUACUGUAUAUUAAUCACAUCUCCGUAUGGGAUAGCUUCAAUCCUACUAGGAUUCAGGAGGCUUUUAACAGUAUCUUCCAAAAAAUACCAGAAUUUAUAGGAGCUCUUCUGUUUAGGACUAUUGGAUAUUAUGACAGCUAUUACUCUUACAUAUAUAAAGCUGAAUAUGAGUUCUGGUUCAGAAAAGAUAUUGAUGAUGAAUUCAUAAGAAACAUUGCUGAAACCAUUAUAAUGGCUCAUGAAAAACUUGGAGGAAAUCUAACAGGGGCAUAUUCUAUCUACAAGACAAUACAAGACAAAACAGAUGGAACAAUAGCCAUAAACUGGAGUGAGGUGAUUAAUAGUCUUUCACUUGCCCCAUUCUUUUGCAAUGGUGGAAAUUUGAUCACCUCUGACAGAGGCAACAUGAAUUUUGACUGCGUCGAAGUGUGUGGAAAUUUGAGCUGGGGAGAGAACUGCACUGAGACGUGCAACUGUACACCAAACAAUACUGUUGCUUGUGAAAAGUUGAAUGGGUCAUGCAUUUGUCAGUCCAACUUUGAAGGUUCUUUAUGUGAUCAACCAAUAGAUCCAUGCUUAAAAUACUUUCCUUGUGGGGAACACUCUGACUGCAUCAACACUCUUGGCCACUAUGAAUGCCAAUGUCAUGAAGGUUACAGAAACAAUUCAUAUAACCCUUCAAUAUGUGAAGCCUGCAGUGGCUGGACCUAUGGCUUCAACUGUAACACAUCUUGUGGCUGUCUUAUUGACAAUACACAAAGCUGUGACAUUGUAACUGGCAACUGUACAUGUAAACCUGGAUUUGAGUCCAUAAAUUGUGAGCUGGAUGUGAAUGAAUGCAAUCAGUCUAGUAGUCCUUGUGCUGGAAACUUACAAUGUUAUAAUACAGAUGGAAGUUUUCUUUGUAUGGAACAGUCUGUCUAUGCUAGAGUUACAAUGAACCAAACACAUUUGGAAAAAGAUCAAAAUGAGAUAGCUAACAACAUCAAAGAAACCUUGCAAACAUUUUUUGAUAUGUAUACUUAUUGGACAUACUUUAAAGUUGUUAUAAUACAUAACAACACAACCAAAGGGACCUCAGGAUCUGAUAUCUUCUUUAACAUUGUAAUAGCAUAUGGAAAACAAUUCUUUGAUAAUUACUUGUCACAGUUCAUUUAUGACCAUUUUAUCUCUGGAACAAGAAAGAUAUCAAUCAAUGGAACGGAGCUUCAAUUUAUAACUUUCAAAUUGUUUGAUAACUCUGAGGAUGCUAGGAUGGGAAUUAAUCCAAAAAUUAACAAAAUUUGCCAAUAUUUUGGAGUUUGUUCUUCUGAUAAAAGAUGUCUAAAUUCAGAAUUUCUACCUGUUUGUCAAGAAAUAUGUGACUAUGGCAUGUAUGCUGAGAAUGAACAUUGUGAGGUCUGUGAUCAAGGAAAGACAACUUUGAUCAGGGGAGCAAAUUCACACCAUUUCUGUAUAGAUAACUGUACUAACAACCAAAGCUAUUGGUUUCGAUUGGAUAAAGUGACAUGUGAUGCUUGCCCACAAGACAUGUAUUGGAGUGAUGCAGAUAAUACUUGUCAUGUUUGUCCAUACACUUCAUACAAUUCAUCAUAUUGUUUUGGCGGAGACUGGAGAAAUGUCAACAAUCCACUGCAAAAUAUUGAACUGAAUGUCACCAUUGUAACACCAAAAUGUCUGAGAGAUGAUCCUGUGUACUUCAAUAACAUAGAUGAAAAACAACUAGUUCAACUAAUGAUGUCACAAAAUUUGUACACCAAAUUCUGUUCUCAAUAUGUAAACUGUGGCAAUGUGAUUACAAACUAUGUUGAUAAUGAAAUCUGUGUACCAGAUGCAUCAUGUUCCUUGAAUGAAACAUGCACACAAUUCUAUACUAGGAUUCAUAUUGGUGUCUACCAUGUUAGAGCUUACAUCUCAUCUUCAAGUCCCUACAAUAGUUAUGAUCAAAGUUCAAUGGAUUCACUAAUGAGGACUCUCUAUGAUACUACAAAACUUUAUCAAUGGAUUCCAUUCAUUAACUAUUCAGCCAUUAGAUUAGACCAACCCAUAGAAAUAGAUGUGAAGGCUCUAGAUGAUGUCUCUAAGCAAAUAUUGUAUAUAAAUCAGUUCUCCCAAGGGUACAACUUUAAUCCUUAUGGGAUUCAGGAGGUUUUCAACAGUAUCUUCACAAAAAUGCCAGAGUUCAUUGGAGCUUUCCUUUACACAACUGCUAGAUUCUAUGACAGUUACUACUCUGACUACACAUAUGUUUCUGAAUAUGAGAUCUGGUUCAGAAAAGAUGUUGAUGAUGAACUGAUAAGAAACAUUGCUGAAACCAUUGUCAUGGCUCAUGAAAAACUUGGAGGGAAUCUAACAGGGACAUAUUCUAUUUAUAAGACACUGCAAGACAAAGCAGAUGAAACAUUAGCAAUAAACUGGAUUGAGGUAAUUAAUAGUCUGUCAGUUGCACAAUUCUUUUGCAACGGAGGAAAUUUCAUUAUCUCUGACAGAAGCAAAAUGGAUUUUGACUGUGUUGAAGCAUGUGGAAAUUGGAACUGGGGAGAGAACUGCACAGAGGCAUGCAACUGUACACAAAGCAAUACUGUUAACUGUGAAAAGUUGAAUGGGUCAUGCAUUUGUCAGUCCAACUUUGAAGGCUCUUUAUGUGAUCAACCAAUAGAUCCAUGCUUAAAAUACUUUCCAUGUGGGGAACACUCUGACUGUAUCAACACUGUGGGCCACUAUGAAUGCCAAUGUCAUGAAGGUUACAAAAACAAUCCAUAUAACUCUUCGAUAUGUGAAGCCUGCAGUGGCUGGACCUAUGGCUUUAACUGUAACACUUCUUGUAGUUGUCUUAUUGACAAUACACAAAGCUGUGACAUUGUAACUGGCAACUGUACAUGUAAACCUGGAUUUGAGUCCAUAAAUUGUGAACUGGAUGUCAAUGAAUGCAAUCAGUCUAGCAGUCCUUGUGCUGGAAACUUACAAUGUUAUAAUACAGAUGGAAGUUUUCUUUGUAUAGAACAGUUGAUUUAUGCAAGAGUUACAUUGAAUACAUCAGAUUUGAGACUCUAUGAAAAUGACAUUGUUCAUAACUUUCAACAAACAUUGCAAACAUAUUUAGAUCAAUUCUCAUAUGUGACAUACAUUAAAGUUAUAGUAAAACACACUGUUACCAUAGAAAGCAUUUCAACAUCUGAUGUCUUCUAUGACCUCAUUAUUGUGUAUGGCAGACAAUCCUUUGAUUAUUACCUGUCACUGUUCAUUUAUGACCAUUUUAUCUCUGGAACAAGAAAGAUAUCAAUCAAUGGAACUGAGCUUGAAUUGAGAACUUUCCAAUUGUUUGCUAGUUCUGAGGAAGCUAGGCUUGGAAUUAAUCCAAAAAUCAACCAAAUGUGCCAGUAUUUUGGAAUAUGUCCAUCUGACAGUAGAUGUUUAAAUUCUGAAUUUCUCCCUAUUUGUCAAGAAAUAUGUGACUAUGGAAUGUUUGCUGAAGAAGAGCAUUGUAUAGUCUGUAAGCAUGGACAGACAACUUUAAUCAGGGGAGCUAACUCACAGUAUCUUUGUAUAGAUAACUGUACAGAAAAUCAGGGCUAUUAUUUCCUAUUCGACAAACUGACCUGCACAUCUUGUCCUCAAGACAUGUACAGGAGUGAUGUAGAUAAUACAUGUCACGUCUGCCCAUACACUUCAUACAACUCAUCACAUUGUAUUGAAGGAGGAAUGAGAACUGUCAACAAUCCACUACUAAAUAUUGAACUAAAUAUCACCAUUGUAACACCAAAAUGUCUGAGAGAUCAUCCUCUGUAUUUCAAUAACAUAGAUGAAAAACGAUUGGUUCAAUUAAUGAUUUCGCAAAAUGGCUACUCAAGAUUCUGUUCUCCAUAUAUCAACUGUGGCAAUGUGAUAACAAGCUAUGUUGACAAUCAAAUCUGUAUACCAGAUGCUUCUUGUACUUUGAAUAAAACCUGUACAAAAUAUUAUUCUAGGGUUCACAUUGGUGUCUACCACAUUGGAACCUAUAUGUCAUCUACAAGUGCAACCAAUAACCAUGAUCAAAGCUCAGUGGAUAUUCUAAUGAGGACACUUUAUGAUACAACAAAAUUAUAUCAAUGGAUUCCAUUACUGAGCUACCAAGCUAUUAGACUGGAACAACCUUUUAAUAUCAAAGUAACUCCCAUAGGUGAUGUGAGUCAACAAGUGUUAUAUAUAACAAAUAUCUGGUCAAGUAACCUCUCCAGUAACUGGACAAACCAACAGCAGACCUACAACACUAUAUUCCAAAGUAUACCAGAGUUUAUCAAUAUCUUUGCACUUAGUACCUAUGGAUCCUCCUAUGACACAAUAAUCUCUAACUAUGAGAUCUGGCUCAGAAAGGAUGUAGAUGACCUUCUGAUUGAAAGCAUUGCCAAAAUCAUGGUUUUGUCUCAUGAAAAAUUAGGAGGUAAUCUAACUGGGCCGUUACUUUUAUACAAGACACAGCAAGAUAGAGCAGAUGGAAAGAUGGCCAUCACCUGGAAAGAUGUAAUCAACAGUAUUUCAGUUGGUCAGUAUUUUUGUAAUGGAGGAAACUUUAUCCUUUCUGAUAGAGGGAAUGGAACUUAUGACUGUAUUGAAACAUGUGGAGAUUGGACAUGGGGAGAAAACUGCACAGUACCCUGCAACUGCAUGAAAAACAACACUGUGGUGUGUGAAAGACAAAGAGGCGCAUGCAACUGUACACCAGAUUUUGACGGAUCCUCAUGUGAGAGACAAAUUGAUCGCUGUUUAUUAUACUCUCCCUGUGAUCAACAUGCUGAUUGUAUCAACACACUCAAACACUAUGAGUGUAGAUGCCAUACAGGAUUCAAAAAUAAUCUGAGCAAUCCAGAUAUUUGUGAAGGUGAAUGUCAGAUUCCUGGACAAGGCCGUAGCUGGCUGGCGCAGACCUGCCAACCUUGUGGGCAAAAUGAGUAUAAUGAUGGGACCAGAAACUACUGCGUAUAUUGUCCUUACACUGAGUCUAUGGUUAGGGACACAUGCUAUGGAUCAAAUUAUAAAACUAUCAAAAAUGUUGAUUUGGAAAUAAUCUUUGACUACCAAUCCAAUUUCUGCCAAUUCACGGAUGAAAUGGCUACAAAAGGAGGAAAACUUCUGACUGCAAACCUUUUGAGCAACUUUCCCAAUAGUGGUCUGUGUUUAAAUUUGAUCAACUGUGACAACAUGAUUUUUCAAAUCAAUAAGUCAGACUUGUGUAAACUUGGGAAGACAUGCAGUCAAUCUGCCAACUGUACAGAUUUUAUAACCAGAGCAACAGUUUAUUUUUAUAAUGUACCAGAAUUUGUGAGCACAAGUUCAAAUGAAUUGAGGCAAUCUAUUGAAGUUUUUGUUGAGUCUCUUUCUAACCUGACACAGCUUAAUACCAAUCUCACAGACAAGAUGAAAGUGGCUGUCAAAUUACCUCCAGUAAACAGCAGUGUCUUUGUCAUUCCAGAUAAUGAAAACCGUUUAGCUUUUAUCAAGGCCUCAGUAAAUUACCAAUUGGAAUAUCCUGACUUAUACAGCUUCUUAUAUACUAAUUCUCUCAAAGAAUUGGGUCAAAUUGUGUCCACCUACCUGUAUCCUAAAAUAGAAGACAUAAGUACUACAAGCUCAAGCCUGACAACUUUUACAGCCAGUUUCAUGUUCAAAGAAGCUGUUAAUGAUAAUGCUAUCAAUGCCAUAGCAGAAGCCAUUAUCACAUCCCAUGAACAGUUUGGUGGUAAAUUUGGAGACUCAAUAUAUUCUUUUACAGGCAGUGUUGCAGUAUUCAGAUCAAAGAGUGACAAAGAUAAAGAAGUAUCAGCUUUCAAAUGGUGUAGUUUUCUUCUAGAUCUUCAGAACAAAUUUUCUUUUGAAAUAUGUGCCAUUGACAAAAGCUGUAAAGAUACUAAAGACUAUUUCCAAUGUGUUGAUGCAGAAGAUCCACUGAAAGCACAAAGAGCUUUAUACCCCUAUGGUCCAACAUCUGGAGACAAUGAUUUGUCUGUACAUCAAGACAUGUGGUGGUGGUGGUGGUGGGGCAUAUCAAGUGAUCCAAUCUACUUCCCAUCUGGGGUUCCGUUUGGGGACAGAAAAGUAAAAAUAGUUACUGUCCAAGCUAAUGGAGUCAUCAGAUUUGGGAAAGGAUAUGACAGUUGGUGGCCAUAUUUGUACUAUGACCCAGACUACCAGGAAGGUUUGCUGGCUCCUUUUUGGUUUUACUAUGAUUACUACAACAGAAAUAAUGGGAAAACCUAUUAUCAGCUGUAUGAGACUUCAGUGGUUGGAAAAAAUCAUGCAGUGAUACAAAGAGCAAUCUCUGAGAUAACAGAAUUUUUCCAACUCUCAAAGUUUAAAGUCACCUAUGUUUUGGUGGCUACUUGGGUCAAUGUGGAGCCAUAUAAAUGGUACAGUUGGAUUUGUCAGUACUACCAAUGGUAUGGUGGAGAAUGGUGGUUUCAGUAUUGGUAUAAAGUAUACUAUGACAUGUACUGUUAUAAGACAGAGAAAGAAACCAACACUUUCCAAGCAGUUUAUGCUACUGAUGGAGAAACAGGCUAUGUUACAGUUACAUAUAAGAAAGGGGACAUGAGUUGGCAGUAUGAUUACUGGAUGCCCAUAGUUGUGGGUUAUGCAAAUUCUGAAAAGAUCAGAGACUUUGGUGUCACUUACACCGACCUAACUACCAAAAUGGAUGUAUUGACUUGGAACACAGGUCACUAUGGAACUUGGAUGGAACAGGUUGGCAAGAUUGAAAACACUGACAGCAAAUGCCUAAGAUUUUAUCAAGAAAACCAAUACCUGAUAAACAAUUAUUCAUUUAAGAAAAACAUGAAUCAAUUGUACAAAUGUCCUUGCAGUCUUGAUCGAUUGGGUGCACAAUGGUGGGGAUAUUCUUGGAAUUUCUAUGGCUUUACAAAUACCUACAUUUACUGUGUUGCUAUUGGUCAGACUGCCAAAAAUAGACUUCUUUCAGGAAAUCCUCUAAAUAAGCUCUGCUGCUACAGAUACACCUAUCCCACUAACUGGUGGGACUGGUAUGCUUGGGACCUUGCCUGGAGAAGUGCCCCAUAUGUUGAUCACAGAGAUCCAGAUGGUAGCCACUUGCUGUUAAAUGAUCCAUGGUGGUGGUGGUAUGGAAAUGAUGGCAGGAAGUCUAAAGAAGAAGAUUUCAACCCACACAAAUGGUGUUGUGUGGACUCCAGCUGUCCAUCCCAAUUUUGUAAUUUGUUUAACAAAGUGAGACCAGACUUGGGCUGUUCUUUGUAUGCUGAGUUUAUUUCUGGAAGUGCAUUGGGAGAUCCCCAUAUCAUCACACUAGAUGGCACAGGAUACACCAUGAAUGGACUGGGAGAGUUUAUACUUCUGUUCAUCAAUGAACUAAAUUUUACUCUGCAAGCUCGCACCAAACAAGCUCUGUCUGCUGCUGGUAAUGCAACCAAAGCCACAGUGUUCUCAGCUUUUGCAGCUAAGGAGGGGGACACAGCCACAUUCCAAGUGGAACUAAGUGCAGACAGCAAAGGCAUGAUAAUAAAUUCCUGUGGUGCCGAUCUGACAACAGAUUUCUAUGCAGAUGAGCGGUACAAUGGAUCUAAUGUAGUGGCAGAUGUCCAGGUCUCUAGGAAAGAAAAAAACAAUAAAACAAUUGCAGUAGCAGCUUUUCCUUCUAGCAUUUCAAUUGAGAUCUACAAUGCUGAUGGCUAUCUGGAGUUUUCUGUCAAUGUUCCUAAAGAUUUGAAAGGAAAAACUCUUGGGCUUUUAGGAAAUUAUAAUGACGACCCCAAUGAUGACUUUGUUCUUCCCAAUGGAACUAGUCUUAGCAACACCAGCACAGAGAGGGAAAUUUAUGAACAAUUUGCUAAGAAAUGGGGAGUGACCUCAUCAAACUCAGUUUUUAAAUACAAAGAAGGUGAAAAUGCUACAACCUAUCAGUUUCCUAAGUUUGAGCCUCUGUUCUUAGAAGAGGUGAAUGAGACAAUUCGCAAAAAUGCAGAAGAAAAAUGUCAGAAUAAUAUUGCUUGUGUCUUUGACUAUGUUGCCACUGGAAACGAGGAUUUUGCUGCUUCUACCCUUGCUGCUAGUUCUCAAGCUGCCAGUGUUAAAGACGAUCAGAUGAACAACCUCCCAGUAUUAAGUUUAACUUCUUCUCUGAAUGAUGACAAUAGACUUCAAGUUUAUGAAGGCAAAGAGGUAACCAUACACUUUGCUGCCACAGAUGUUGAUAAUGAUGUCAUUACAUAUCAACUAGUCGGCAAUGUUUCAGCCAGUUUUUCUAUAAACAAUCAAACAGGAGAUGUUACUUACUCACCCAAUUCACUGGACUCCGUUCUAAUAGGAGUUCAAGCUAAAGAUUCAAAAGGAGGACUUUCAGGUAUAAUUUAUAUCAGCUUAGUUGUCUGCCCUACAUGUAGCAGUGCUGGAACUUGUAACUUAAAUAAAACCCGGGAAACAGAAUACCUUGGAGGCAAAUUUCUUUUGAACCCGUGUAAUUGUUGGCCUGCUUACACAGGCAAUGAUUGUGAAAGAGAAGUGGAUGGCUGCUUAGCUGCUCCUUGUAGUCAAGGUCAGACUUGCAGAGAUCUCACAGCUGCAGAACAAAAAAAUAGUACUGUUGGUUAUGACUGUGGAGCUUGCCCUGACGGUUAUGAGCUUAGAAAUUCAACAUGUACAGAUAUAAAUGAAUGUGGAAACAAAACUAACUAUUGUGAUGCCAAUGAAUUGUGUGAAAACUCAGUAGGCUCCUACAGAUGUUACUGUGAUGUAGGCUAUCGCAAAGACUCCAGGGAUAAAUGCUCAGAUAUCAAUGAAUGUGCUGAGAGAACUCACAAAUGUAAUCAAAUCUGUACUAACAUUGAAGGCAGCUAUGACUGUACCUGCUACAGUGGAAGUGUCAUGUCUAGUGAUAAUAAAACUUGCAUUCAAGGAAGUGGUUCAUGCAGCUGUAGUCAGUUCUGUACAAGUGAAGGAUGUGCCUGUACAGCUGGCUACCAAGUAGAUGGCCUUAAUUGUAUAGAUGUUGAUGAGUGUAACAAUGGCAACAAGCCUUGCAGUCAAGUGUGUCAAAACACUGUUGGAGGUUUCAUGUGCUCUUGCUUCAAUGGAUUCAAACUUGAUGAUGAUGGUGUUUCAUGCAAAAAAUGCAGUAACCCUUACUAUGGCAAGGACUGUGCAAGUCAGUGCGUGUGUAAUGGCCUUGGCACAUGUGAUAAUGUCAAAGGUUGUAUAUGCAAUAAAGGUUGGACUGGUACUAACUGUAACACUGAUGUGGAUGAGUGCACUGCACUGUUAGAUGCAUGUCCAGCUGGUCAAGUUUGUACUAAUACCUUUGGAUCAUAUACUUGUUCUUGUCCUUCUGGUUAUGUCAAUAUUACUGGAAUAUGCACAGACAUUGAUGAGUGUGCUGAUGUUCUUACACAUAGCUGCAAUCUUGCUGUGGAGGAUUGUGUCAACAACAAGGGAAGCUAUUCUUGUGUCUGCAGAAGUGGCUAUGCACGUAAUUCUAACUACACUUGUGAAGACCUUGAUGAAUGUGCCAAACAUACAGACAACUGUGAACAUUUAUGUGAAAACAUUCCUGGCAAAUUUAACUGCUACUGUCGCUAUGGUUACAGGCUAAAAGCUGACAGAGCCAGUUGUGUCAUGGAAAAAGAUGUAUGUGCUUCAAUUAGGGAUGUCUUAAACUGCACCCAGUACUGCACAGUCAACUGGACCACCAAUGUACCAUCAUGUUUCUGUAGAAGUGGAUUUGAUCUGGUUGGAAAGGAACAGUGUAUAGAUCAAGAUGAAUGUAAAUAUGACUAUUUAAACCUGUGCUCCUACAAAGCUGGUUGUGUGAACACACCUGGAGGCUACAACUGUACUUGCCCAGCUGGUCAAAUGUUAGAUAAUGAUAAACGCUCUUGCGUUGACUGUGGAACAGGGAAAUGGGGAGAGAACUGUGCAAAUGAUUGUGCUUGUAGUGAAUUUGGGGCCACCACAUGUGAUGCUAAAUCUGGAUGUGUUUGUAAAAUUGGUUUCACUGGUCAGUAUUGUGACUUAGAUGUAGAUGAAUGCCAGUCUGGUCUACUGAUAUGUACAGAAACAGAGAAAUGUUUUAAUACCUAUGGCAGUGCACUGUGCCAGUGUAUUAAUGGAUACAAGAGAGUAAAUGAUAUUUGCCAAGACAUCAAUGAAUGUGCCUUUGCCACAACAAAUGACUGUGAUCAAAUCUGUGAAAAUUACUUUGGUGGCUACGCUUGCAAAUGUAGCCAAGGCUAUACAUAUAAUUCUACAUUGAAGAAAUGUCAAGAUAUUGAUGAAUGUAAAAGACAUAUGGAUGGAUGUCAACAAGGCUGUGAGAAUACUGAAGGGGGUUACAGGUGUACAUGUCCUGAUGGUUUGAAAUUAAAAUUAGAUGGAGAAACUUGUGAAGUGGACAAAGGCUGCGCUGUAGACAAUCCUUGUAAAGAGCUAACUAACUGCUACUUAAGUAGUUCAGGUGCACCAGUGUGUUACUGUGAUUUGGGACAAAAAGUGGACCCAGCCAACACCUACGACUGUAUCGAUGUUGACUUGUGCAAUGGCUCCGCCUGUACAGAUUACUGCAGUGAGGUCAAGGAAAACACAAGUUUUGCCUGCUCUUGUCCUAGUGGUAAAAAACUUGAAGCUGAUGGAGUCACUUGCACUGAAUGUAAUGAAGGUUUUUAUGGAAACUGUGAAGCCAAAUGUCAGUGUAACCCAGCUACAACUAGUAGCUGUAAUAAGAUUGAUGGGACAUGUCAAUGUAAGCCAGGAUACACUGGCACUGAAUGCACCAGUGACGUAGAUGAGUGCAAUUCUUAUUCUACCUAUAGUUGUCCAUCUAACUCCACAUGUGAGAACAUUCCUGGAGCCUACAUCUGCAAAUGUCAGGAUGGCUACUAUAAAAAUAAUGGAACAUGUCAAGUGUGCCCUGUGGGCUGGUAUGGAGAAUCUUGCAUUCAUCAAUGUGUAUGUGAUAAAACUCACAGUACGUGUGAUGCUGUAACUGGAACAUGUAUUUGUUUCCCUGGCUGGAAUGGUACAUUGUGUGACACUGAUAGCAAUGAAUGCACAUUGACAGAUAAUCAAUGCACUCUAGCCAACAAGUCUAACUGGGUCUGCUUCAACACUUUAGGAAGUUACCAUUGUGACUGUGACAGAGGAUUUGAAAACCAGGCUGGCAACUGCUCUGAUCAAGAUGAGUGUGCUGCUUCUUCAACCAAUAGAUGUUCACAACGAUGCACUAACAUAGUUGGCAGCUACCUGUGCUCCUGUCACUCAGGCUAUACACUAGGAGCUGAUGGAUACACAUGUCAAGACAUCAAUGAAUGUGAUUUAAACGUAUCUUCAUGUGAGCAAGCAUGUUCAAACACACUCGGUGGAUAUACAUGUUCCUGUAACACUGGAUAUCACAGCAAUAAGUCUUACACUAACAAAUGUUAUAGGGCCAGUGAAAACAAAAUGACAUUUACAGUCAAUAAAGAUGUUUCUCGGUUGAACAUCAAUGAAAGACUGAGCUCAGACUUUUCAUAUCUUAAAAAUCAAGUUGAAGAAGGGCUGUUUCAACCAUUCAGUUUGGCUGUUUCUGGGUUUACUGAACUUAUAGUGAUUGACAUGAGACCUGGCAGCCUGAUAAUUGACUUUAUUGUUGUGGUAGACUUGACAAUCAACCCAACACCUGGCACCAAUAUAACCAAUGUUCUAGUCAAUCUGACUGGUCACUUUACAUUAGGCAAUGAAAGCUACACUGGAGUGUUUAAUAUCAAUGGAAUAACAGUCAGUGCAGCUACAGAUAAAUGUGUGAUUCUGAAUCUAAUAGUUCCUUGUAACAGCAAUGAAAACUGUGAAAUCAAUGCCAAUGGAAAUGCAGUUUGUGUGUCUAAAGAAACAAGUUCAACCCCCGCUAGCAAUAUUGACACCGACAAGUGUGCACUUCUCAACUCAACACAUCCUUGUGGCCUAAAUGAACAAUGUUUUAUAAACUCCAUUGGUAAUGCUGUGUGUGUAUUAAUUCCCAGCAUUCAAGUCUCAGAAAGUUCUGAUGAAGUCCCUCUGAUUGUUGGUCUGUCUGUUGGACUCCCACUGUUUGUUGCUCUGGUGGUGCUAAUUAUUCUGGUCAUUAGGUACAAAAAGAAAUACAUUCAACAGAGAAGAGUUGACAGCAGAGAGGGUCACUACCAAGAUGAAGAUCGCCCACCUUCAAGUCUAAGUGUCUCCUACUUUACAGUGGCCCCAUACACUACAGCCUUAUCAAAGGAAGGAGCCAAGGAAGAUGAGCAGCCUCUUUUUGUAUAAAUGAUAGACAGAUAACAAUAAAACUACAUAACGAUUUGUUACAUUAGGACAGAUACAUUAGAAUUUAUUGCAUUAGGACUGAUUUCUCAUUUUAUCAAGACUGAUUAUGUAACAACUUACAUAACUUAUUACAUUAGGACUGAUACAUAACAGCUACCAGGGUGGCUGCUUGGUCGUGCAGUAUGCGCACUGGACUGUCUAUCCUACUUGUAGAUGUCCCAGGUUCAUAUCCUGCACUUUCACAUCCCCCGUCUUCCUGCAUAAGGUUUGAUUAGGAAGUAAAUUAUCUUCAACUCUGAAGGAAUAUCUGAAACAUAAAACAUUUUUACAAGCUAAUUACAUUAGGAUGCAUUAGAAUUCAUUAAAUUAAGAUUGAUUUCUUAUUUUAUCAAGACUGAUUAUGCAAAAACAUAAUACAUAAUUAUUACAUUAUAGAACUGAUUACAUAACUCAUUAUAUUAGGGCUGAUUAAUUAAGACAACAUUGCAUUAGGAUUGAUUAAAUUUCAUUUUAUUACAUUACAUCUGAUUACAUUAUAGCUUUUAUGAUUACACGCCAAAUGAUUAUAUUUUACAUUAGUAUUCUUUAUGACUUUAAAACCUAAUUCAUUAUACAUCACGUAAAUAAAUUACAAUAAAGAAAUUAUUAGAUGUGCAGAAAAAAAGAUAAAUAGAUAACAAAGUUAAUAAGAUAUUGUAUAUUAAGUUAACAAAGUGUUAAUAAUUGUAUCAUUAGAUCUAGUAUGUUAUUAUUAGAUGACUGGUGUUGAAAUGUGUGAUGUUGCUAGUUCAGGCUGUCUUGAAGUCAACCAAUUACUCUGCAAUCGUUUGGGUGUAAUUGUUCGGGUGUAUUACGUGUAGUUGAACAACAGUACAAACAAGAACUGGCACAUCUGUUUUUUAACUAGUGAAGAGAUGUAGUCGACUCUGAUGAACAAGUUCACAUAGAUUUAUUCUGAUAAAAGGCCACAGUAGAAGUCUCUGUCACUAAACACGUCGUUACCCUGGAAUAUUCUAUCGCUAACUGAUUUUCCGGUCUCUAACCCAACAUAUCCCAAACGUCACUAGUCCCGUUCAAUAUGCGUCUUCUAUGGUGCGUCGCUAAAUAACUAACCUAUAUAAAUAAGGUGUAUUACGUGUAGUUGAACAACAGUACAAACAAGAACUGGCACAUCUGUUUUUUAACUAGUGAAGAGAUGUAGUAGACUCUGAUGAACAAGUUCACAUAGAUUUAUUCUGAUAAAAGGCCACAGUAGAAGUCUCUGUCACUAAACACGUCGUUACCCUGGAAUAUUCUAUCGCUAACUGAUUUUCCGGUCUCUAACCCAACAUAUCCCAAACGUCACUAGUCCCGUUCAAUAUGCGUCUUCUAUGGUGCGUCGCUAAAUAACUAACCUAUAUAAAUAAGGUAUCUAACAAAUGCAAGGAGACUUAACAAAAGUAGGCUUGUAUUCCAUUGUAGUGUAUUUUUUUAGAUGUGAUUUCAGUAUACUUUAUGUAUUAUAUGCAUAUAUUUUAAAGUAUUAUCCUACUGCUUUUUUUUUAAACAGGAUCAAAAUGUCCUGAAUUUAUGGACCUGAUAUUUUAAAAUCUUAAAGAGUUCUAAUUAAUACAUAACAAUUUCAAUGUUUAUUUUAUUAAUUCUAAACAUACUCAGUGGGGAAAAAAACUCUCCUGAAUAUACUUAUAAAUACAUAAAGAAAAAAAUAAAAAUACUAUGGAUGGCUGCUGGUCAUAGGAUAUGUGCACUUGUCGUCUUAAUGGUCCUGGGGGUUAACUGUCUUGCGGGAGGUUAGGGCUAGUAUGCACUGAUCUUUAAUUCAGAAGGAACACUUGAAAUAUAUAAUAAACAAGAAAUUUGCAUAUAUACAUUUUUAAAUACUAUUUAUCUUUAUGAUUAAAAAUGUUUACAUGUGGUUUUAUACUCAUUUAAUUUUUGUAUAGAUUUCAUGGUCUCUUGUACACAUUUCAUGUUGGUGUUUACUUUAAUAAAAUGUAACAAAUUUA